AUUAGGCAUGCAGUAGCUACAUUAAAAUUCACUUUCUCCAUUAAUAAUAAUUGGUGAUGCUGACAAUUUGGAUGACGACCUAAAGUCUAAUCACACCUCUGAAAUAUCUCCUUCUUGCUAAGAACUUCAUAAUUAGAAAAUAGAAAAGACUGAGAAAAAAGAAAAUAAUUCCAUGAUGAAAAAAUUCACCCAACACUCCUCUGAAUUUACAGAUUUAUUAUAUUUAUGGAAUGAUUACCUUAGAAAUAAAUUUGAAAAAAAAAAAAGACUUCCAUGAUAAGAGUUUUAGUUUUGAUUUUAAAUUUCUGUGUUAU